ACAUUGUACCCUGCUAAUCUUAACUGUGACUAAUUCUUUCUUUGCCGAGUAGUUUUAUAUUUAAAAAGGAAAAUAAACAUUCCACGUGGAGUCGAUCUGUGAUGUUUUUGAGAGGUAACCAAAAGUGAUGGAAAGUGAAGGGAUACUUGGGAUUUCAUAUUCAGUGAUAAUAGCUACGUUACUCGUUGGAAUAGUGACAUGGAUAUUUUAUGAUCAAGUUCAAUUUUAUACAAAACAUUUGAUUGCAAAUCUAAGUUGGCAGGUGUUUUCAAUAUUUCCUAUCAUUUCAUCGCUAUUUUAUGGACGCAUACCAUCAAAUAGAAGGUUUUUCAGCAUUGGUGUAAAACUAGCCAAUAAGUACCUGAUUGGGACUAAGUACAUAGUUAGGGGUCAGAAGUAUGUCGAUGAUGACUUCGCCUGUAUCAUCAUUUCUAACCAUCAGAGCUCUCUUGACGGAAAUUUCAUGGUCCAGCUUGGGAAUUAUAAGGGCUCCAUUGUUAUAUUGAAGAAAUCCCUCCUCUAUGCCUCAGGUCUUCUUGGUAUCGCUUUCUACUGUACUGGUGCUAUAUUUGUAGACAGGAGCAACCCGGAGAGUGCUAAAAAGUCUCUCAAUAGCGCUCUGGAUAGAAUUGUCAAAGAAAAGUUAAAACCUCAGUUUUACCCCGAGGGAACUCGUCACAUGGGGAAAGAAAUGUUGCCAUUCAAGAAGGGUGCAUUUGUGAUGGCAAUUCAAGCGCAGAUCCCGAUACUUCCUGUGGUUACUUCUAGCUAUCGCCAUUUUUAUGAUAAAAAGAAGAAA